CCCCAAAAAAGAGUGCAGGCUGGAAGACAAAACACUGGAGGCCGAAAUCGUAUCGGGUGAUUGGACUCUCAGCACCAGGACCCACUGCCGGGACUGUGAAACCUCAGCCUGGACCCGACCUGCCAACUAAGACCCGGUUCUGUAGGAGUUAUACGUGGCAGAUUAAUGAGCAUGUCCUCCUCAUAAAGCUUAAAGUGAAGCUUUACUUGCUCCCAGAGAAAAAACAGGAGAGACUGUUUGAUCUUGGUCAUGGCCCACGGCACCAGUAUCCAGUAUGAGCCACUGGCAGAGAUCGGAGGAGGCGCUUACGGGACGGUUUAUAAGGCCCGAGAUACAGAGAGCGGACAGUUUGUGGCUCUGAAGAGCGUGCGUGUCCAGACGGACCAAAAUGGCCUCCCAAUCUCCACGGUCAGAGAGGUGGCUCUUUUGAGAAGGCUGGAGCAGUUUGACCACCCCAACGUGGUCAGGCUCAUGGAUGUAUGUGCCACCCAGAGGUCGGACCAGGAGACUAAAGUCACACUGGUGUUUGAACAUGUGGACCAAGACCUCAAGACGUACCUAGAGAGAGCCCCAGCUCCAGGAUUAUCCCCUGCCCACAUUAAAGACCUGAUGAGGCAGUUGGUGUGCGGUCUUGCAUUCCUGCACUCUAACCGCGUGAUGCACCGAGACCUGAAACCAGAGAAUAUUCUGGUAACCAGCCAGGGCCAGGUGAAGCUGGCUGACUUUGGACUGGCCAGGAUCUACAGCUGCCACAUGGCCCUCACCCCUGUGGUGGUGACACUGUGGUACCGACCUCCUGAGGUUCUGCUGCAGUCCAGUUACGCCACACCAGUGGAUAUCUGGAGCACUGGCUGCAUCUUUGCUGAGAUGUUUAGACGCAAACCUCUGUUCUGCGGAGAAUCCGAAGUGGACCAGCUUGGGAAAAUUCUUGAGGUUAUUGGCUUGCCACCAGAGGAGGAAUGGCCGACUGAUGUUACACUCUCAAGAAAAAACUUCCCCCCUCUCUUACCUUGCCCAAUCACUGACUUUGUUCCAGAGAUAAAUGAGCAGGGGGCGAAACUAUUGCUGGAAAUGCUGACCUUCGACCCUUUGAAACGAAUAUCUGCCCUGACUGCCCUAGAACAUCCAUAUUUCCAGGAUGAGGAGACAUUGACUCAGACAAAAAGUUGAAAUGAUGGGAUGAAACAUGCUGCGAGAGGUAACAGUGUCUAAGUUUAGACCUGGCCUAACCAUAAAGGAUUUCAAUUUCAUUUAGUGCGUUGCCUUUCAAGACAUCUGGGUUAUGCUUUGGGAUAUUUUUGUCACUCCUGCAUCAAAAAAGGAUUAAAGCCUGAGAAAUGGAAUAAAAAAAAAAAAAAAAGAAGAGGAUUGAACUUAAGGAUCACUGGCAUGUGUUACAACAUGUAAGUGUCACAGUUAAUGAUGUUAACAUGUCAUGUCUUUAAGGACAGUACCAGUGUUUUGAUGUCUGAUUGUCAGUCAGCAGGGACUGAUCCACAGAAACAUCCGUCAGCGCCUCUGAAAUGUUGCUCUUGUUAUUUUUGUACAGUGUUUAGACAAAAGGUCAAAAGGACAAGAUGUCUUCUUUGCUCGUUACAGCCUGAACAAAGUUUGACAGAAGUGACACCUCAGGGUUAGAACAGCCAGUCGUAAGUGAUCACUAGUAUUUCUGUUAAUAUUUAUCAUACGGAAGGAACGCCAUAGGCCUGUGACGUGCAUCAAGCUGUUUGAAAUCAUGAGGACAAGAAAGAACAGUCUGAAGUAGUAGAACGAAAAACUCACAAGAAAGACGCACAUGACAAAAAUACUGGUAUUGCCCUUAGAUACUCACAAAGUGAAGUGUCUUUUAUCAGAGGACUGAAGGGUUGGAUUUCAUUUCAUAGUUGACAUUUUUUGCUAAAUCCAUCUGAAAUCAACCAGCACUGCAACUACAAAUGAAUAAAAACAGUUUUAAUCAAA